ACCGUGGCUCUGAAACAUAUAGUUGAGUUCUUUUAUAUCAUUGCAUUGUCCUAAAAUUGUUUUAUGGCUGCUGCUCAAGGUAGUAAUGCUGAUGGGCCAUACAGCAUGCCAAUCUCUAUCAGGCAUGCCAUGCAACUCCAAGUUAAGGCAGAGAUGUUGAUUUUGUGCGAGGACAUGACCAGUGACCAGCGGCCUAAAAUAUUCAAGAAAAUCGAGGAGAUUCCCAAUCUGAAGGAAAGGUGGUUCAGUUGGACAACACUGAGGGGAAUUAGCUUCAUCUAUCAUUCAUUCAACAAGAUAACUUGUUACGUACAAAUUGUCAGUAUGAUUAAAUGGGAUGUGAGGCAGCCUCCUUGGAGCAGCUGGACUUGGAGGAGCAGCUGCCGACGGCAGGUGCUGGGCGGCGUCCUCGAUGGUGUCGGCGGUGACGUCUCGUUGGUGAUGAUCCGCGAUGGUGUCCUUCCUGAAGGACUUGCUGGCGACGGUUGGCGGCAACUACGGUCUAGCUAUUGACCAUGGUGAGUUGAUGGACAUGGAGCAGUUCAAGUUGGCAUGUGUAGGGCGACGGCGCUGUCGCUAGUGUUGUUGGCGAAGGUCGGCCAUCGGCGAGGGAUGGAAUGCGACAGUCUGUGGUGGCGAAGGUCGGCGAGGGCGCUGGGAGGCGACGGUCGUGCGGAUGAAGAUAAGCGAGGGGACGAAGGUCGGCCGGGGAGCUGCGAGGCGACGGUCGUGCGGGUGAAGAUCGGCGAGGGGACGAAGGUCGGCCGGGGAGCUGCGAGGCGACGGUCGUGCCUCGUGCGGGAUGAAGGUGGGCACGUUUUGGUAACGGUUUUAUUUGGAGAUGCGUUAGUGGGGAUUCGUCCGGACUAUUGAAUUAAUGUAACAAUUGGAGAUGGUUGUCCGGUUGUCCGUCCAGGCUGAUCUAGACCAUGCGAUCUGUCCAGGCUGAUCUAGACCAUGCGAUCUGUUUUGGUUGGUUCAGAUUUAAUGGAUCUGCCCCCUUCUGGGACCUUUUAUAUUAGUGGAGAUGGAGAUGGAGAUGGAGAUUUU